AUGUGGUUGCGGAUUUUCGGACAAAUGGCCCACAUCGCACUGCUCGGCUUAACGCGCGCUAUUGGCACGAUCAAAAAAAAAGUGGAAGAUAUGUUCCAACUAGUCAACGUGGCUUCUGUGUCCGAGCAGCAAUGUUGGGGCGACGAGAGGAAGGAAACCGAGUUACGUAGGAACAACUUGCAAUUCCUCACUUCGUACGAAUUGGCGUUUAUCAUAGAUGGAUAUCGUCGUCGCUGCCACGCCUAUGCUAAGAGAAGUGCCGCUGCAAAAGGAGUACACUAUGUACAUUUCGCAUUUUCCCAUGGGUAG